AUGAAUGAUAAUAGUGGGCUGCUUACAGAUGAACUAAUAGCAGAAAAUAUGAUUGAUUUAAUGAUUCCUGGUGAAGAUUCAGUUCCUGUUUUAGUGACUCUUGCAAUUAAAUACCUCUCAGAUUCUCCUGCUGCUCUCAAGCAAUUAACAGAGGAAAAUCUUAAGUUAAAGAUACUCAAUGAGAACAAUCAUGGGGAGCCAUUGUCUUGGAAUGACUACUUAUCCUUGCCCUUUACACAAAAAGUCAUUACAGAGACUCUAAGGAUGGGCAAUAUAAUCACAGGGGUUAUGAGAAAAGCCACAAAAGAUGUUGAAAUAAAGGGGAUUUUGAUACCAAAAGAUUGGUGUGUUUUUGCAUAUUUUAGAUCAGUGCAUUUGGAUGACAAAGUCUAUGAUUCACCUUACCAGUUCAGUCCAUGGAGAUGGCAAGAUAGGGAAGUGAGCAGUGCAAAUUUCAGUCCAUUUGGAGGUGGACAAAGGCUGUGCCCAGGGCAUGAUCUGGCUAGGCUGGAGGCUUCUAUUUUCUUGCAUCAUUUAGUUACUCAAUUCAGAUGGGAAGCUGAAGAGGACACAAUUGUCAAUUUCCCCACUGUGAGGAUGAAGAAAAGAAUGCCAAUUUGGGUCAAAAGAAGGGAUGAUCUCUUUUAA